AUGUCUACGGUCACAGCAACCAUACCAGAUAUUUGCCCGAUGCCUAAUCAUCAGCAGCUAGGUACCGCUAUUGCACAGAACAUCAACAAUAGGAGUGGGACAGUGUAUGUAUGUAGUAAAUGUGAAGAGCCCAUUCGUGAUCGAUUCGUCCUGAAAGUGCUCGACCGCUCGUUCCAUCCGCAUUGUUUACGGUGUGUUUACUGCGAACAACUUCUCUCGUCCAAAUGUUACUUAAAGGGCGGACAACCGUAUUGCAAGGAUCAUUUUUACAAUUGCAGACGAUUCGGUACGAAAUGUUCAAUGUGCGACGAGGGAAUAUGUCCAGAUAUGGUGGUGAGGCGAGCUAAUGAACACGUUUAUCACGUCUCCUGUUUUCAGUGUAUCAUCUGCAAACGCGAACUUCGAACUGGUGAAGAGUUUUAUUUAAUACCAACUGAUGGUCGUUUGGUUUGCAAAUCCGAUUAUGAAAUGGCUAAAAGUAAAGAAACGGAUAUUGAUUCGAAUACAAAACGACCGAGAACGACGAUAUCAGCAAAAAGUUUAGAAACAUUGAAACAAGCUUAUCAGGCAAGUUCAAAACCAGCAAGGCAUGUUCGAGAACAGUUGGCUGCUGACACUGGUCUUGAUAUGAGAGUUGUCCAGGUUUGGUUUCAGAAUCGUCGAGCAAAAGAAAAACGUCUGAAAAAAGAUGCUGGACGUCAAUGGGGAACGUAUGGCAUACCCAAAAGCCUGGAUAGUGGUAGUGCAUCACCCAACGAUAGUAUUUGUGAGAGUCCUGUUUACGGAGUGGGAGGAUAUUUGGAUAUGCCUAUGGAUACUGAUGGCCAGUUCGAUGUUGGAUAUGAGGCGGAUAGCGGUUAUAGUUGUGGGAUGGAUGUAUUGGCGCCAGCUGGUUCACUGCUCGGUCUUGAUAUUUCAGCUAAAAAUCAACUUGAACAGCAACAACAGCAAAAUCUACUCUUUAUGCAUAUGAAAUCCAGCCCAACUACCGAGAAUAACCCACAUCUCGAGUUGCAGUUCCCGUGA